CCAUGUGAUUUUCUCUAGUUUGUCCCAAGAUUCAAGACUACAAGUUUCAAAGUUUUUUUUCUGAGAGAUUUCAACUCAUUCAUUUAUUCAUCUAUCUAUAUAUAUACACAUGAGCCCUUCUUUCUAUCAUCAACCAAAAACAAGCAAUCCAGUAACAUUAACCCUUUCAUACAUUUUCAAAAGAAUUCAAACUUUCAGAAAAAUGGCUUUGGUGAGAAGUCUAUUGGGAGCAAAGAAGAUUCUUGGCCGCUCUGCAACAGCAACAGCUUCUACGAGCAAAAGAGCAGCCUCAGCGGCACCAAAAGGGUUUCUUGCGGUGUACGUAGGAGAGAACCAGAAGAAGAGAUAUGUGGUGCCAGUCUCAUACUUGAGUCAGCCUUCGUUUCAAGCUCUUCUCAGUAAAUCUGAAGAAGAGUUUGGGUUUGAUCAUCCAAUGGGUGGCUUAACCAUCCCUUGUCCUGAGGACACUUUCAUCAAUAUGACUUCUCGGCUUCAAUGAUGAUUAUCCAACAUAUUGUUCGUCUAGUUAGAGAUAGACUUGUUCCUUGUAAAUAGAGGAGUUUUUUUUCUCCUGUUCUUGAAAGAGUUGUUCUAUAAAUUUUUUUGAAAGUGAAUGCCAUAGACACAAUUCUCUCAAUCCUUUGCAAUGUGAUCUUAUUUGAUCAUUACUUAAUUUGGCGUGCCUUUGCAUUCAACUUACAUCAUUUUGUUUUUUUCCCCUUUUAUAUGAAAGAACCUCAGCAGAUAAUCAUUACAAAGCAUGAAGAACAAAACCAUGUAGCUUGUCCUACAGUCAAUCCAGAUUAACACAUCUGAA